AUAUCUCGGGAACAAUCAGCUACGGGGGUCAAUAGACCCGCUCUGCAAUCUGCCACAACUCAAACACCUUGAACUUUCAAGUAAUCUCUUCAGCGAUUCUCUCCCUGACGAAUGCAGCAGACUUACGGUCCUCACUCACAUGCAGAUUGACGGUAACCACAUUUCGGGAAGCAUCCCUGAUUCCUUUGGGCACAUGGCUUCUUUGGAUUUCCUUGAUUUGAGUUACAACUUGCUGAGUGGCAGCAUACCCGAUUCCUUCAGCCUCAUGCAGAGCCUCACAACCCUGAAACUGGAAAGCAAUCAGCUAAGCGGCUCCAUCCCGAGCUCUCUUGUGGCCAUGACGUCUCUAGUUCAACUCUCCUUUCGUCAGAAUUUGUUGACGGGCUCAAUCCCAGCGUCACUAGCCUCACUGCAGCAGCUUGUGGCCCUAUUGCUCGACUACAACCAUCUUACAGGGAGCAUCCCUGCUGCUUUGGCUGAUCUGCCCUUGAUCUACCUGUCAACCGCAUCCAACCCCACAUCCGGAUCCAUACCUACAGCCUUUGGCAAACUCACCAACAUUCUUGCUUUGGACCUCUCAAGCAAUCACUUACAUGGGACCAUUCCGAGCACCCUUAGCAACCUUUCCAAGCUUCUAACCCUCUCACUGGCGUUCAACCAGCUCUCGGGUCCCGUGGAUCACAUUCUGCAUGGCAUGCGAAACCUCUCAGUGCUGCUCCUACUACAGAACCACUUCUCCGGUGGUCUACCCAGCCUGGCGCCUUCAAGCCUGGUGCAGUACAGGGUGGACGACAACUUCUUCACACACGGCCAAGUCACGUUCCCCAACUGCUCUGCGGCCCUUUUCAGCACCAAGGCAAAUUGCCUUGCUGCUUCCCACACCAUUUGCGGCCAUGCUUUCACCCAGAGGCCGGCUGCUGCCUGUGCUGCAUUUUGUGGGGUGGAGGUCGGUGCUGCACGUUCUGUGUGUGGGGGACAUGGCUACUGCGCUGUGAAUCCCCUGGUGGGAGCAGGGGAGUGUGUCUGCGACCCCAACUACAUGCGCAACAGCAGCGAUAGCUUGGCCUGUGUGCCGGGAGCCGUGGGAGCAUCGCUGGCAUCGGACUCGGCCUAUGUGUCGCUGCAGAGCGCAGCCGCUGUGCUUUCCAACGGCUCCAUUCUUCUCACAGGAGGGGCGCCCAACCAGCAGGGAGCAGCGUUUGCCUCUCCCGCGCUGCGCCUCUUCUACUUCCCCAACAAGCGCUCCCUCUGUGGGAUUGAGCUCGCAUUCACCGCUGCCUUCAGCUUUGCCAUGCGCCCACCGGGCCAGGGGGCGGGUGGAGAGGGCCUUGCGUUUGUGGUGGCAGCAGCUGCUGCUGGCAAGGGGGCGAGUGUGGGGCUGGGAGGGGUGGGGAAGCGGAGUGUGGCGGUGGAGUUUGACUCGGUGCUGAGUGUGAAGCACAGCGACCCCAACGACAACCACGUGGGCGUCAAUGUGGGCGGCUCACCUGUGUCCCUCGCCUCUGCCACGGCCCCUCUCAUCCUCAACGACGCCCACACCAAGCACGCCUGGAUCCACUACGACCCCAACAACGGCGGCACCCUCCGAGUUUACCUCUCCUCCGAACCCGACGAGCCCUUCGCCCCCACCCUCACAGCGAGCGUGUCUCUCUGCUCCGUGCUCAAGCCCACUGCAUCCGACUCUCUCUUCCUCUUCGGCUUUGUUGCUCUUUCGGGCAGCCAGCCGCAAAGGCACACCAUCCUUUCCUGGACCUUCACCACUGGUGGUUAG